GCGGUGGUGCGUGGCGUUGCGCCGGCGGGGGACGGGGGGGCCGCGGGUGAAGGCGCCCCGCACAGCACUUUCCCGACCAGGCCCAGGCAUGCCGGUCCUUGUAAGGCAAAAACUUCGAUGGGAGCCUACCUCCCUAAAGCCUCGUGGUGGACCAGCUGUUUGACGCAUUUAGAAGAAAGAAUGACACCCCUACAGAGGAACAUGAUGUGAAUGGAAGAGACCUGUCAUUAUGCAAACAGUACAGCACUCUGAACAGACUCUCAAAACAGCUCUCAUCUCAAAGAACCCAACGCUUGUGUCACAGUAUGAGCAGUUAGAUGCUGGCGAACGGCGUUUGCUGAACAAAGCCUUCAAGCCAGACAGUGAUCUGUUUGGACCCAUUAGCUUGCAUUCGGAAUCAGACUGGAUCAUCUCCCAUCCCGAGCCUCCCCAGGACUUCGAACAGUUUUUCAGUGAUCCUUCUAGAAAGGCACCGUCUCCAGAGAAGCGCAGUAUUUAUAUACAAUGCAUUGGAUCUCUAGGAAACACCAGAAUUAUCAGUGAAGAAUAUAUUAAGUGGCUCAAGGGCUACUGUGAAGCAUUUUUCUAUGGCUUGACGGUGAAACUCUUAGAACCGGUUCCUGUCUCUGUAACGAGGUGUUCCUUUAGAAUCAAUGAUAACACACAAAACCUACAAAUUCAUGCAGGGCACAUCCUGAGGUUCCUAAAAAAGAAGAAACCUAAAGAUGCCUUCUGUAUUGUGGGAAUAACAAUGAUUUAUCUUUACCCACGAGACUCCUGGAAUUUUGUCUUUGGACAGGCCUCUUUGACAGAUGGUGUGGGGAUAUUCAGCUUUGCCAGAUAUGGUAGUGAUUUUUACAGUUCAUGCUAUGAAGGCAAAGUGAACAAGCUGCAGAAAGUAUCUUCAAGCGACUAUUCCGUUUUUGAUAACUAUUAUAUUCCUGAAGUGACCAGUGUUUUGCUGCUUCGUUCCUGUAAGACUUUAACCCAUGAGAUCGGACACAUAUUUGGACUUCGACACUGCCAGUGGCUUGCAUGCCUCAUGCAGGGCUCCAACCACUUGGAAGAGGCUGACCGGCGCCCCCUCAACCUUUGCCCUAUCUGUUUACGCAAGCUGCGGUGCGCUGUUGGCUUCAACAUAAUAGAGAGAUACCAAGCACUGGUGAAGUGGAUUGAUGAUGAGUCUGCUGACAUCCCUGGAGUCAGCACGGAACACAGUCGGGAAGAUAAUGUGAAUUUACCAAAACCUGUGGAAGCCUUUAAGGAAUGGAAAGAGUGGAUAAUAAGAUGCCUUGCUGUUGUCCAAAAAUAAGGACCUUCACAUAGGAGUAAUUACAAUAAACACCUUGCAUAUUAUGCUUUC